CUUUUACAGUUUUCCUUGGCUCAUGCAAGGCACCAGUUGAACAGAAGAGUCUCACUUUUUCGUGAAGCCUACUCCCCCUCUCCUUCCUUAUCCUUCCAGCACGCAGAAAGGAGAUGGUUACCUCCCAAUCUGCUAAUGUUGCCGUUUCAUUAGACUCCGGCCAAACCAGACUCAAAGAGCUCGGUUACAAGCAAGAGCUCAAGCGCGAUCUCUCGGUGUUAUCCAACUUUGCCUUCUCCUUUUCGAUUAUAUCGGUUCUCACGGGAGUCACAACGCUCUACAACACUGGACUCAGAUAUGGUGGACCUUCUGUUAUGACUUAUGGGUGGUUUCUUGCUGGGUUUUUUACGACAAUGGUGGGGCUGUCAAUGGCUGAGAUUUGCUCGUCUUACCCGACAUCAGGCGGACUCUAUUACUGGAGCGCCAAGCUCUCGGGAAAGGAUUGGGCGCCCUUCGCUUCCUGGAUAACUGGAUGGUUCAACAUUGUUGGGCAGUGGGCUGUAACCACUAGCGUAGAUUUCUCCUUAGCACAACUUAUCCAAGUGAUCAUCCUUCUCAGUACUGGAGGGAACAACGGUGGAGGAUACCUAGCAUCCAAAUAUAUGGUUAUAGGAUUUCAUGGUGGGAUUCUUCUCAUGCAUGGGAUCAUAAACUGUCUAUCAAUUAGUUGGUUAUCAUUUUUGGGACAGCUUGCUGCUGCAUGGAACGUCUUGGGUGUUUUUGUCCUCGUGAUUCUCAUUCCCUGUGCUGCUACCGAGAAGGCCAGCGCAAGAUUUGUGUUUACUCAUUUUAAUACUGAAAAUGACGCUGGGAUUCAUAGCAAGGUUUACAUAUUUGUGGUGGGACUUUUGAUGAGCCAGUAUUCAUUGACAGGAUAUGAUGCAUCUGCGCAUAUGACUGAAGAAACUAAAAGUGCAGACAUAAAUGGACCAAAAGGAAUAAUUAGUGCCAUUGGUAUAUCAAUCAUUGUUGGUUGGGGCUACCUAAUUGGUAUCACAUUUGCAGUUACAAAUAUCCCUUAUCUUCUGAGCCUUCACAAUGAUGCUGGAGGUUAUGCAAUUGCUGAGGCGUUCUAUCUUGUCUUUAAGAGUAGAUAUGGCAGUGGAGUUGGGGGCAUCAUCUGUUUGGGUGUUGUUGCCAUUGCCAUAUUCUUCUGCGGAAUGAGUUCAGUGACAAGCAACUCAAGAAUGGCCUAUGCAUUUUCAAGAGAUGGAGCAAUGCCUUUUUCUUCAUUUUGGCAUAGGGUUAACCGGCAAGAUGUUCCUGUAAAUGCAGUAUGGCUUUCUGCGUGUAUAUCAUUCUGCAUGGCACUUACGUCUCUAGGAAGUGUAGUAGCAUUCCAAGCAAUGGUGUCUAUAGCCACCAUUGGCCUCUAUAUCGCCUAUGCUCUCCCAAUCUUUUUUCGAAUAACAUUGGCUCGUAAAUCUUUCAUUCCUGGCCCUUUCAACCUCGGCCGCUAUGGAAUAAUUACUGGUUGGAUUGCAGUCCUAUGGGUGUUGACCAUCACUGUCCUCUUCUCUCUUCCUGUGGCUUACCCAAUCACAAAGGACAAUUUCAACUACACGCCUGUAGCUGUUGGUGGCCUACUGCUAAUUACAGUCUUAUCAUGGAUUUUAAGUGCAAGGAAAUGGUUUAGGGGACCCAUAACUAACAUAGAUACUUAAAUAAGAGGUUUAUUUAAGUCAAUAGCAUAGGCUUAUUUCAUCCCCACCUCUUUUAUUAGCAGAAGCUUCUUGCAUUAUUUAUGAUGAGGAUGCUAAUAUUCAUUUUAGCUUAUGAAAUUGUUGAAAGUAAUGAAGACUACAAUUUUACUUGGGUUUUUUUU